AUGGAAGAAAGCCGCUUCCAACAAGGUGGCGACGAACAAGAAAGCUUCUUCGGUGGCAAUGAUCACCAAGCAGAAGAGGAAGCUGUAUACGUCAAUGAUCCGAUGCAGAUAAACUCCGAAGAUGAACUUGUAGACUGGGUGGACGUUGACCGCCAAGACAAACUGGUCGAAUGGAUCGGUUGCGAGGAAGGAUCCAUCCAGAAUAGUGUCCUGACUUCUCUCAAAACCACAGAUAGAAACGAUAAACGAGCCAUCAACAAUGACAUUGGUGCCGAAAUCGCAGCCUCCACCACAGACUUUUCCGUCCAAGCUUCGUCUGUCGUGGACAUGCAGCCAAAUUGGUUGGCUGCAAAAACCUCCGCCCGAUAG